AUGGCGCUCUCUCGCAGCCUCCUCCUCGCUCUCCAGCUCGUCUCUCCAGUCUUCACAGCAGCAGCAGCAGCAGUAACAGCAGCCAGUGGAGAGCAGAAGCUGUCUAUCACCAUCGGCAACGACCACACUCGCCACUCGUCCUGCAAAGCCUCCUGCAAAGCCGUUCCCGGAACACCAGACUGGCCCUCAACCAAGGAGUGGGACAGCCUUAAUGAGUCGCUUGCCGGAAGACUGCUGCAACCAACUCCUCCAGGCGCUGUCUGUCAUUCCGGACCGGGAGCCUUCGACUCCGCAGAGUGCAAGGUUGUCCGAGACGGAUGGUCCACCUACGACUACCACCAGGCCGACCCCGUGUCCGUCGACUGGAACCAGUGGGCCAACGACACCUGCCUUCCCGUCGAUGGUGCUCCGUGCAGCGGUCAAGGAUAUCCUGUAUACGUUGUGAACGUAACCGAGGCCCGCCACGCCCAGCUCGGCGUCCAGUUUGCCAAGAAACACAACAUCCGGAUCAUCGUCAAGAGCAGUGGUCAUGAUUUCCUUGGCCGCUCCACCUCCCCCAACUCUCUCUCGCUCUGGGUGCACCACCUUCGGGGGCUCCAAACCCACGACACCUUUCAGCCCGCCGGAUGCAGUUUUACCAUCGACCACACCUCCGUCACCGUCGGCGGCGGCAUGCAGAUGGGGGAACUCUACGAUGCGCUCGAUUCCAUCGGCCAGACCGUCGUAGGCGGAGGCGCCAAGUCCGUCGCCGUGGGCGGGUACGUCUCGGGCGCCGGGCACAGCGUACUCUCGUCGACCCACGGCCUUGCGGCCGAUCAAGUCCUCGAGAUUGAAGCUGUCACGCCUGACGGUGAAAUCGUGACGGCCAACGAGUGUCAGAACCAAGACCUCUUCUGGGCCUUGCGUGGUGGCGGCGCCUCGACCUUUGGCGUCAUGACCUCAGUGACGAUGAAGACCUACCCCACGAUGAAGAUCGACGCGACCACAAACAUCAUCAUCACGCCUGAUCUCGAAAACACCCGCGUCACUUUUGACAUGAUCGCCUACGUCCUCAGCCAACUGCCCGAUAUGGGCGACAAGGGCAUGUCCGGCUACUCGUACGUUUUCCAGCAGUACCCCAACCCCCUGGACGACGGCAACACCACCAUCGCCGGCUUCGUCAUGUCCGCCGCCCUUCAAAACCAAUCCCCCGAAGCUCUGCAGCAGCUCUGGGCGCCCGUGUUCGAGCACGUCAACACGACCUGGCCGAACCACUUCACGGCGAUCCAACUCCCGGAGUCUUUCACGUCUUUCUCCGACUGGUACUCCAAGCACUACGACACCACCCCGACCGGCUCCGACUUCUACAUCGGCUCCCGCCUGCUCGACCGCGAGGCCCUCACGGCCAACCUGACCCACAGCGCCGAGGCUUGGAAAGGCUUCACUGGCGGCAGCGUAUCGACCGCGUACCUGGUGUCCGGCAAGGGCGUCCACAACGCCAAGCCGCGCGGCGGUAGCAACGCGGUGCUGCCCGCCUGGCGCAAGGCCUACAUCCACGCGACCAUGGGUGAGGAAGCCGAGCCCUCCAACACGACGUCUAGGGCGAUCGUGAAGAAGCGGGUCAGCGACCGUGUGGCUGCCCUGAGGGAAUUGGCCCCGGAUUCGGGUGCUUAUAUGAAUGAGGCUUUCUACGAAGAACCCGACUGGCAACACACCUUCUGGGGCCCCAACUACGAGCGACUGCUCGCCAUUAAGCGCCGUAUCGACCCCCACGACGUCUUCUGGUGCACCCCCUGCGUCGGCAACGAGCGCUGGGAACAGGUCGAUGACCGUCUCUGCCGUGUUAACGGUCGCUGA